UCGGAGGAAGCCGCUGCUUCAUAUCCGAUCAUCAAAUCGACGGUCAGUAUUGUCCAAGAGACAAAAUAACCCCUUCUCUCUUCUCAUCACAGCCAUUAAAAGGUAUCAUAUUCCGUUGUCUAGGGUUCGAUUGAAACGUUGCCUAUCUAAUAUUAGGGCAAGGGCGAAACAAUCCUCCCAUAAAAUGCAUGUGAAGAUCCCCAAUUUCUAGAUCCUUCUCGAUGCUUUCAAAGUUACUUGUGAUAUCUAAAGCUUGAGGAGAUAUUAUUUUCCGACUUGUUUUUAUUAAUAUAUUUUUUUUGGAGGAAGACGUGAUGCCACGGACUUUAUCACGUUCACCUUCAUACAGGCGGAGAUAUUCACCAUCCCCUGUUGGCCACAGGUAUAGCAGGAGAAGCAGAAGGGAUCGGAGUCGUUCCCCAUAUUCCUAUUCUCAUGGCAGGCGGAGAAGUCGUUCCCUUUCUCCACGACGGCGCAAAAGUAGGUCACCAUCUCCUAGACGGCGUAAAAGUCGUUCUCCUACACCAAAGAGACACAAGAGACAAAAAAGUAGGAGUAUCACAAGGUCUCCUAUACACAAGUCUCGAAGUCCAAGCCUUGGAUCGACAGAGCGCAAGAGUGCAAUUGAGAAAUUGCGAAAGGAAGAUGAAGAAAAGAAAAGGCGCCAACAGGAGGCGGAGCUGAAACUAUUAGAAGAGGAAACCGCACGUAGGGUGGAAGAAGCUAUUCGAAAAAAAGUUGAGGAGAGCUUGAACUCUGAAGAGAUCAAGCUAGAAAUACAGAGGCGAAUAGAUGAAGGUCGUAAAAGACUGCUUGAUGAGGUUGCAGCUCAACUUGAAAAAGAGAAGGAAGCUGCUCUUAUUGAAGCAAGGGAGAAAGAGGAACAAGCACGGAGAGAGAGGGAGGAGCUGGAUAAAAUGCUGGAGGAGAACCAGCGGAGAGUGGAAGAGGCCCAGAGAAGAGAGGCUUUAGAACAGCAGCAGAAAGAGGAGGAACGAUACCGGGAGUUGGAACGAAUCCAAAGGCAAAAGGAAGAGGCCAUGCGGAGGAAGAAAAUGGAAGAGGAGGAAGAACGGGAGAAUCAGAAAAAGUUGUUGGGUAAGAACAAAUCACGCCCCAAGCUGUCAUUUGCAAUUGGUUUGAAGUGAAGCGAUGGUUUUCAACUCUCCUCCAUGUUUGCUUCCUCUAUAUACAUAAAAUCGAAGGUCUUGAAGGUGGAUUUGGAUCCCACUGCUUUGUUCAUUUACCUUGGAUUACAGAAAUCAGCAAAAACAUGUUUUUUCAUGUACCUGCGUUGAAUAGAUACAAUCUCGGCUGUCUUCUAAUGGCUUGAUAACAGUUGGCAAAGCAGUAUUGUAGUUAUUAAUCCUUAUUCAGACAGUUUUUCUCGUG